AUGAUAUCAUAUACUUAUUAAACAGGAUUAGCAAAUUUUGGUAACACUUGUUUUAUGAACAGUGCCAUUCAAAUCUUAUGCAAUACUCCUGGAUUUGCAGAUUACAUAUUAAAUGAUAUUUAUUAAUUUGAUAUAAACUUAAUAAAUCCAUAAGGAAGUAAUGGUGAGAUUAUUUAAAGUUUUGCUUAUCUGAUUAAGGAGUUAAAAAGCAGAAAAUAAUUAUGCAUCAUUGCAAAUUUAUUUAAAAAAACAUUUUCUAAAUUUUAUAAUAUUGUAAAGAAUUAAUUAUUAUUAUUAGUAUUAUGGAAAUGAGUAACAUGAUGCAGCAGAAUUUCUAUUAUAAUUACUUGAUGCUAUUAAUGAGGAUGUAAAUUUAAUUAAAAAAAAACCUUAUUUGAUUAUGCCUUCUAGUAAAGGUAGAGAAGACUUAGUUGUAGCAAUCGAAUAGUGGGAUGUUCAUAGUCAAAGAAAUUAAUCUAUUAUAACUCAACUAUUCUAAGCAUAAUUUAAAAGCAAAAUUGAAUGUCCUAAUUGUAAAAAUAUGUCCAUAACGUAUGUUUAUAUUCCUAAUUAGCUUCGAUCCAUAUAUGAUAAUUUAAUUACCAUUGACCACUUAGAAAAGUGAAAAAGGCAUUGUCUAUUAUUUAUUGGAUGAUUAAUAUAAAUAAAAAUAAAUGACACUCUCUGUCUUUAAAAAUUAUAAUUUUGAAUGGAUUUAAAAUGAAAUUAGAAACUAAUUAAGAACUUAAGCUUUAAUUUUCAAUUUAUCAAACAAAGUAAAAAAUUAUGAAAGUAUCUAAUUGUUUAAUUAAAUUAGUUCGACCAGAAGAUGAUAUUCAAUAUUUAAAACAAUAACUUUUACAUUCAAAAUUACUUGUUAGACCUAUGCAAUUUUAAGAAAUCUAAAUUCCAUAUAAUUAUAGAUGCUAUACUCUCAUAACUCACACAAACCCUGAAUUUUUUAAUUUGACUGAAAUAAUAACAAUCAUUUUUGAUUUCAGAACAAAAAUAUUUGAAAUCUAUGAUUUUAUUGAAAAAAAUUAUUCUUAAUAAUUUCAAUGCUAAUUUGAUUUAUUCUUAGAAUCAAAUUCUUAAGAAACAGAAUAACAAUGUUAUUUUUGUCAUAAAUAAUAUUGUAAAUUCUGUGAAUUAAAGAAAUGUUAACAUAGUUUAAAAUAUUAUAAUAAUUGCAUCUCUUAACCUAAUUUUCAAUUAAAUAUCAUAGUCAAAUGGUAUGGUUAAGGAGUUCCAUAAAUAUAUAAUACAGAAGCUUCAAUUUUUCUAAUGCAAGAUAAAAAUGAGUAAUUUCCAAUUAAUAAAACAUCAUUAACAAUUUAUGAUUGUUUAAAUUUUUAAUAAUAACAAUAAUAAUUAGAUGAAAAUAAUUCAUGGUAUUGCAAUUAAUGCAAUUAACAUGUCUAAGGAAUCAAAUAACUAUUAUUAUAUUCUACACCUCAAAUUUUGAUCAUACAAUUGAAGAGAUUUAAAUCAUCAGAUAAUAUCUCUUAAAAAAUAAAAAACAAUAUAUUUGUCAAGUUUCCGCAUAUUCUUAAUAUGUCUAAAUAUGUUACAAAUUUAAAUGUAUUAUUAAAUAAAUAUUUUAGCUACCAAACGACUAUUUAAAUGGAAAUAACAAAAAUGAAUUAAAAUAUAAACUAUAUGGAGUAAUUAAUCAUUAUGGAGAACUUUACGAAGGUCAUUAUAAUUCUUUAAUUAAAAAUUUAGAGGAUUAAAAAUGGUAUUGCUAUGAUGAUUCUCAAGUCAAAGAAAUAUAAGUUUAAGAUAUCAUAACUCAACAUGCAUAUGUGUUAUGUUACGAAAGACAAAAUUGA